CUUUACGAUAAAUUACCCAAACUGUCGGCAAGAAGAAAAUGGCAGCUUCUUUGAUUUGCAGUGAGACUGUGAGCAGGGUGAGUUCCGUUCUAAACAGAGACGUCAAGCAGUUUGGGAAGAAGCACAUGUUCGAUUCCAAUGAGGAAACGUGCUGGAACUCGGAUCAGGGUGCUACCCAGUGGGUGCUUCUGGAAUUCCCACAGGCGGUGAGAGUCUCAGAGCUCAGGGUGCAGUUUCAAGGAGGGUUCACUGGCAGCACCUGUCGAAUUGAAGGUUGCCAAAAAGACGAAGCGUUUACAAAGCUAGCAGAUUUCUACCCAGAGGACAAGAACUCACUGCAGAGCUUUCCCAUCCACGGAGAUGCACUGGUUCGCAGGGUAAAAAUAGUGUUUGAAAACAGCACGGAUUUCUUUGGCAGGGUUAUUGUUUACACGCUGGACGUCCUGGGAGACAAGGUCUGAUGCCGUUUUUAAAAACUGGAGCGCCCGUUGCAAGUGAUGGGCUUUGAGGAGCGGGCUUUACCCACUGCGCCUUCCAGAGCAGAAGGGUGGCGUUCAGUCAGGCCGACAGAAAUGCAAGCGGGUGAACUGAGAGCUGCUGUCUGUCAGGAAGACUGGAACACAAAACUUUUAAGACAAUGAAUUCACUGAACCGAUGUUCACAAACCAUAACCCCAGUGAUUUGUAACUUUAACCCUUCUUUUUUUAUUUGAAAGUACAAAGUUAGCACUUGGGAAUUGCUUUGACUAUAUGCCCUAGGUGUCUAAUGACCAAAUAUUAAAAUAAAAAUUAAUUUUGAAAUGUA